CCCCAUGGCUGUCGUCGUGUGUAGUCUUGCAGUUGGUGUUGGUUUUGUGUUGUCUUAACAUCUAAAUGUGAUAUAUCACCAUCAGACAGUUGUUUGGAAGGACUGGACACAGGCUCCUAGUAGCAGAUAUAACUCUUUAUAGAGACGGUUACCCAGGUAGAUGAUGAUAUCUGAACGAUAACUGACAGGACAGGUAUGUCUAUAACAUCAGGGACCCCCCAGCCCCCCGAGCCGGGGGCACCCGAUGAUGGUUUUAAUCAAGGGGUAAGUGUUGGUGGCCGGAGUGCUGCCACCUAUUUUGAACGGUUCGGACAUUACGAGUGCCAAGAACUGCUAGGAUGGCAACAGUCGCAUUGGAUGUUGUCGACAGAUGAAUUCAAACAUCCAACAGACCCUCCAAUGGGGAUGAUCAGUCAACUGAACCCUGGGAAUUCCAACAGCUGUCUAGUUCUUUUUCCUGCGGAAGAAUCAGAAGCACUACCUCUGGAUUACAGAGAGGUUCACCAGGUUAUACAGGAACUGACAUUUGGAAUUUUUGUGUUGAACCAGACUCCGAAUAUUUGUCUGGAAGCGAACUAUGAUCUGAGUACCUCCUGUCAGAUCCCACCUGCGUACAUCGACACACGGAUAGGUCAGAUACUUGUGAAUGUGGACUACAUGAUGAAAAGCCUUUGGCACGGUGCUUAUUUUCCUAAGGAUAAACGAACAAAGUUCUCAGAAAGUUGGAGAAGGAAUCUCGACAUUGAUCCAAAUGGAAAAGUGGAAAGAAUGAAACCACUUCUCCCGGAGUUCUCUGGUGCUGGCAUGCUGGAUAUAACAAAAGAUCCGGAUUAUACAGACGUGUAUGACAACCUUCCCCAGGAGCCUCCCAAUGACCCGGAGAUGAAUGAAGAACGCAAAUUCUUCAUGAGUUUUGUUGAAGACUUAAGUAUGCAAAUGACAUUUUUCCAAAAGCAUGUGCAACAAUAUAAGGACAUGUACAUCGCUGAAUCUGAUUGGUUAGUGUCCAGUGUGGUCAAGGUCCUAGAUGACCGCAUCAACCACAUUGGUUAUGAGAGGAUCAACACAAGACUUCAGAUGCAUGAACAGAUUAUAAAAGAAAAGCUAGGAAAUAAGGCGGAGGUUCGUCGGAACCUGUACAUGUUAAAGCUCAUUAGCUUCCUCACACCAUUUCUCAUCGGAAUGAGGAAGAGGAUGAAGAUCCCGGACAUGAGUCGACUUUUACCGAAUCUAUCAAGUGAUGAAUGUCGAACAGAGAGGGAGUUACCUCCCUUGUUACUUGGACCUGACUUUAAGUGCAAGAACUUCCAUUUUGAGAAUAAAUUGUUCCAUUUACAUGGAGGUAUCCUGAUCGACCUUGAGACAGACCCUAUUGAGGAGACGCCCAAGUCCUUCCAGGAUCUGUACCAGGAGAUGAUGGCCGAGUCGGAGGACUACCUCAGUAAAAUCCUCGAGUUUGAGACAUUGAAGGAACAGUACAAGAUCCCUACACGUACUAUUGAUGGAAAGUUGUACUAUGUAAUGAUGAUGGAGUUUGAAACAUUUUACCCACAAUCCCCUCACAAACCUCUCUGGGUACGUAGCUUCUUUGAGGAGAUUGGACGGCUAAAGAUAAAGAAAUUGCCUUUCCAAGACCAACAACUGAUCGAACAGUUUAAGAAAUACUUUGGUUACAAAAAGUCCAUCAAGUACAAGACUCCCCUGAAUGGUCUGAAGGCCGCUGCACAAAGAGGUCUUGUCAUCAUGUUCAUGACCCAGGUCAGGAAACUGGGUCAGGCAUCACGGUUGAGUAAACAGGAUGAGCAGGGUCUCUCACUGCUCCACCAUGCUUCAAUGAACAAUCGUCCACAGAUCAUCACACACCUUCUACUACAGUCGAUGGACAUCAACGUCCGACGUAACAACAUCAUGUCCACAGAGGGCCAGGGGAAAGGGUCAUCGGAUGGCCUGCGUUCCUUCUUCCUUGAGAUUUGUCCGACCUCCCUCCAUGUGGCAGCGCGGUGUGGCGCCCUAGACGCUCUCGCCUGUCUCCUUGCCAACUAUGGCAAUAUCCUAGCAACAGACCAAGAUGGCUGGGCGGCUGUUCAUCAUGCUGCUUUCUUUGACCAUGAACCAGCCAUUAAACUGAUGAUCAGGAAAAAUGUGGGACUUUUAGAACUAGUCACGAAAAAUGAUUUGAAGUCGACACCUCUCCUCCUGGCGGCCAGUUCUGGAGGUCUUUCUGCAGUGAAAUGUCUGAUACGUCUUGGUGCGGAUAUCACCAAACAUGACGCGGAGAGCAACAACCUUGUUACUCUGGCUGCUCUCAGGUUCCAUACAAACGUUCUGGAGCACCUGAUCGAGUGGGACCACAAAAAUGUACCUGUGUGGAGAAUUCUUGUCAAGAUGCUUAUAGAUCCCGACAUCAAGAAGAAGGACAGUGCAGUCAAGUGUCUGGAGGUGUUGUCUACAUCUAAACCCCACCACUGGCAGGCCAUACUGGACGCAGACGGUAUUCCAGCCCUCGUGAGUGUGCUCAAAAUCAACAAUGAGGAACUUCAGUCAGUGGCCGCCUCUGUAAUCUGUAACAUCUCAGAGCAGGAUCCGGUCCGUAUCGCCCUCACAAAGGCCGACGCCAUCCCGAUCAUCAUUCAGUUGCUGGGAUCACCGCUGGACGAGAUUCAGUCGAGGGCAGCAUUAAUACUCUCAGAUAUUGCCUGUAUGGACGAUAAUAAGGACUGUAUCUUUGAGAAGGAAGGCAUCGCUCCAUUGGUCAAUCUGCUGGACUCAGAGAUGGAGGAUGUGCUCGCUAAUGCUGUCAAUGCUGUCCGUGUCUUGUGUGUGGCCAACAAACGUAAUCAGGAUGCUGUCGCCGAGUGUGGGGGCAUACCACCUCUAGUGGAGUUCCUCACAGUUAACUCAGAGAUUCUCCAGGCAGGCACAGCAGCCGCCAUAGCAGCAGUCACCGAGGGCAACAAAAGUAAUCAGGAUGUUGUAGUAAACGAGGGAGCUGUCAAGCCCCUGGUAGACUUGAUAAAGGGCCUGAAGAAUGUCACUGUCCAGGUGAAGGCUGCCAAUGCUAUCGAAGCUUUAUCAGAAAACAACCCUCGCAGCCAGAAGGCCUUUCUGGAUCUUGAUGCUCCGAAGGCACUGCUGAAACUCUUCAAGAAUUACCACGUGGAAGUGCGGGAACAAGGGGCCUGCACUCUGUGGUCACUGGCCGGAAACACUAAGACACAGCAAAAAUACAUAGCCGAAAAAACCACCAUCUCAAACAUCUGUGGUAUGCUGUACGACUCCACAGAAAAACUCCUACAUGUUGGUUGUAUGAUGGCCAUUGCUCUGGGACGUGAGAACAUUGAGAACCAAAACAAGCUCGCCCAGACUGAUGCAUUCCAGCAACUUAUCCGUCUGCUCCGUAUCUAUGGAAAAAAUGAGGGAGUGGUGCUCCGGGUCAUCAAGGUGCUUGGAAUUCUCUGUGUUGGUGUGGCCUACUGUAAUAACAAGGUGUCUCAGAAAAGGAUCGCGGAGGAGAAUGCCAUCCCCAUAUUGGUGGGUAUCCUCAACAAUCCGCUGUCAGAGAAAGUACAGGUAGAGGUCGCGACCUCUCUGGGAUGCAUCAUCUUAAGUAACUCAGAGAACCAAGAGAAAUUACAGGACUGUGAAAACUUCAAAUUUGACAUGCUGCUAGACCUGCUCAAGUCCAAAAAUGAGGAGAUUCGACUGAGGGCUGGAAUGGCACUGACAAUAUUUGCCUUCAACAACACACCGAAGCAGUUUGCGAUUCGGGAAGCUGGAGGCAUCAAAUACUCGGUGUUUGAACCUUUCAUCCAUUCUACUGAUCCCUACUUUGUGUGUUACGCUGCGUUUCAGAUUACUGUGUUGGCUCGAGUCAUCGUUGACCAGGAUCAAGUGAACUUGACUGCCCGAGGCGUUACCAUGCUGGUAGAGAAACUAGACCAUGAUGAUGAUAAUGUGAUCGUAUUGGCUGCCAGUCUCCUCUCUAGUCUGGCCCACACUCGGGCAGGCAUCCCCGACGCCAUGGUAACCACCGGCGCCAUUGAACACCUAGUUGACCAGCUUGACUCUGACAAUGACCAGGUGCGGAGUGCUGUGGCUGUUGCCAUGGGAUACAUGACAUUCAAUAGGACGGCUGCCAGGUUACUGUUCAGUGCCUGUAGGAACACGCCUGGUCUGUACAAAAGUUUGAUGGACAAUAUCGGAAAGAACGCUAAAAUAAGUUCUGAAUUUGUGGAGGACUUCCAGAGGGCAAAGAUUGUUGGCUUGCCGUCCCAAUGUUUGGAGAUAAAUGGUGGUCCUCCAGUAUCCCCCCCUCCCAGAAUUGGAACAGCCACCAGUAGAAUAUCUAGUCGCGCCAAAUCUGCCCCAAGUACUGGUCGGAAAAAGUCUGGAUUCCUCAGUACUGUGAUCAGUAAUGACAGUCGUCCAUCUACUCGAGCACGACCUAUAUCUGGGGUCUCAUCAAUUAAAUCAAAUAAAUCUAGGAAACAAACGCCGUCACCAGAGGGAGGAUUUAAAACAAGGCUGUCCUCGUGGAAUAAAAAGUGAUAGACUGAACAAACACUGUCACCAGAGGGAGGACGCCAUCAUCAGAGGGAGAACUUAAAAGUGACUUCACAAACGCCCUCACCAGAGGGAGGAUUUAAAACAAGGCUCUCCACGUGGAAUAAAUAGUGACAACAUAAAAUUUAAUGCCUUCACCAGAGGGAGGAUUUAAAAGUUACUGACUUCACAAAUGCCCUCACCAGAGGGAGGAUUUAAAACAAGGCUCUCCACAUGGAAUAAGUAGUGACAGAAGCUUCAGUAGACGUUUCUAAACAAUUAAAAUGACAAAAAUGUUCAAAUCAUCAGGUUCUUGAAUUAAUAUAUCUCAUUAUAUUGUGGCCUUUGAACACUUUCUAUAGUCUAGGUGUAACAGGACAAUAUAUCAUUAUACUGUGGCCUAUGAACACUUUCUAUAGUCUAGGUGUAACAGGACAAUAUAUCAUUAUACUGUGGCCUAUGAACACUUUCUAUAGUCUAGGUGUAACAGGACAAUAUAUCAUUAUACUGUGGCCUAUGUCCAAGAAAACCUAUAGCUGUCACAGGGAUAAUUCCAAUUACAUAUGUGUAUAUAUAUAUUUACAAGUUGUUCAUAGUCAUAUGUUUACAUUUUCAGAUUAAUAAUUGCUUUCUUAUGUAACAAAAUUUAUAAUGAUUCUAAUUAAUGACUAUUUGAGUUUUUGGUCUAAACAAUAAUACAAAUAAUGUCAUCAUUUAGAAAAAAAUAAUUUUAUUAGAUUCUACAAAUGCUUGUACUUUUUUCAUAUAUACAUUGUACAUCAAUUUUUGUGUUUUUAUUUUAUGUAAGUUUUUUUAACUAUUUAUUUUUUUGUAAAAUAUGUAAGUUUGAUAUAUGAUCAGCUGUGAUAUUUAUGUAUAAAUGUAUAACUGUUACAGUAAAGUGUACUAUUUGCUAUAAGUUACAUAUACAUGUAUACCUAAAUGGGUGCAUCAUUUAAUUGUAGUAGUCAGAUACAUUGAAUAUUCAGCCAUUUAGGGAUUUUCUUUGUUGUCAAGGUUACUAAACUGUCAUGAUCUUCAAUACAAGUGCACUGAAUCUAUAUUGAUGACGUGUAUUUUGUGAUUGGAAUUUAUUGGCCUGUAUGUGGGAUUUGUGAGGUUUAAAGUGGACUGGCCUAUGGUCUAUGUGGGCAUUGUGAGGAGAGUGAACUGGCCUAUAUGUAGGCUUUGUGAGGUGAGUGAACUGGCCUCUAUGUAGGCUUUGUGAGGUGAGUGAACUAGCCUAUGGUCUAUGUAGGCUUUGUGAGGUGAGUGAACUGGCCUAUAUGUAGGCUUUGUGAGGUGAGUGAACUGGCCUAUAUUUAGGCUUUGUGAGGUGAGUGAACUGGCCUCUAUGUAGGCUUUUUGAGGUGAGUUGACUGGCCUAUGUGUAGGCUUUGUGAGGUGAGUGAACUGGCCUAUGGUCUUUGUGUGCCUUGUGAGGCGAGCCGUCUGGCCUGUGGUCUAUGUGGGCUUUGUGAGAUAAGCUGUCUGACCUACGAUCUUUGAGGUUAUAAUUAUGCAAGGUGAGCGCAGGCAAGUCUAUUUGUCUGUGUGGGAUUUGUGAGGUGAGCUGUCUGGCCUAUGGUCUAUGUGGGUUUUCUGAGGUGAGCCGUCUGGCCUAUGGUCUAUGUGGGUUUUCUGAGGUGAGCCGUCUGGCCUAUGGUCUAUGUGGGUUUUCUGAGGUGAGCCGUCUGGCCUAUGGUCUAUGUGGGAUUUUUGAGGUGAUUUUAAGAACUCUUUAAUUGAUACUACAUGAAACUAACUACACCAUAGAGAUGUAGACUGUGAUAUGAUAGAACUCAUCAUCUCUAUUUAAUAUGUUCAGACAUUGAUCUUAUAUUAAAUGUUAAGUUAUUCACUGCCUGAAUGAUAUUCAAUAAAGUUCUGUGAUAAAAAAAAUAGUAGGAAUGAAACCUACCUGUACAGGUAAAAACCUACUAGUACCAUCCUACAGGACACCAUCAUAUCUGGUAGGAAAGAUACUUACCUGUACAGG